AUGGCGCGCCCGCGCAUCCCCGCCCUCUAUGGCAUCCUCCAGUUCUGCCUCCGCCUCACCCUCGUCGUCUUUGAGGUGUGCGCCCUCGCCUCCCUCAUCAUGCUGUCGAAAUACGGCUUCCACUUCCCCCUAGGCUAUGUCACCGUAGGUCUCCUCCACGUCUGGCUUCACACUCUGCCACCGUAUGCUAAUUUCCCCCACCAGUCCGCCUCGGGCAUCAUCUUCUCCAUGACGGAAAUGGUGACUCUCGCCAACUCGACGGGCCAGAUCCCGCGCAUGCGCACCGGCGCCAUCGUCGUCGCCGAUUUUGUCCUCUUCGUCCUCGGCCUCGUUGCCUUCUUCUACUUCAUUAUCCUCAACGGCUGGAGCACCGGCAGCCCCAACCGCGAGUACCGCGCCUGGCGCGACGACCCCCUGCGCGCCGAGAAGGCCACCUGGGCCCCUUGGUACAUGUGGCUCCAGCUCAUCGCUGCCAUUCUUCAUUUCUUAUACAUGAUCAUGCACUGCGUCGACGCAUGCAAGGAGGCCGGGCCCGAACAGCAGCGCCGGCGGCGGCAGAGGAGGAUGAUCAGGGAGGCCGAGAGGCGGGAACGAAGAGCCGCGAGGAACCGCGCGACCACGGUGCAAGAGGACCCCGAGACGAUGCAGGUGUCAACGGUCUGA